AUGACUAUAUUAUUCAGAAUUGUAACAACCACUAACAAUGCAAUAACAGCACUGAAGCUAUUAAGAGAAAAGAAGAACAAGUUUGAAGAGGUUCCGCUGUUUCAGCUUUGCUCCUUCGUCCCUGCUGGUGCCUUCACCUUUUCCCUUGCUGAGUUCACUGCCGCCAAAACCGACUACCAAGAUCCCAUCGUGCUCCCCACCGGUCCGCGCCAGCGCACCGCCGAGGAGCUUGACCGCGACCGCAACCGUCUUGGCAGCGGCUUCAGGAACUACGGCGAUGACCGCGCCAACAGAAGCUUCGGUGAUGGUGAUGAUUCCUCCAAUUCAAGGUGGGGUUCCUCUAGGGUUUCUGACAAGCCGAGGCAGAACGGUGGGUUUAGGGAUUCGAACCGUGAAUUGGCUCCUUCCCGCGCUGACGAGAUUGAUAAUUGGGCUGCCGCGAAGAAAUCAACGGUCGGUAAUGGUUUCAAGAGGAGGGAAAGGGAUAGGGAUAUAGAAAGGAGCGGUUUUUUCGAUUCCCAAUUGCGUGCUGAUGAAUCCGAUAGUUGGGUUACGAACAAGAGUUAUGUGCCGUCAGAGAGUCGGAGAUUUGGUUCCAACGGCGGUUUUGGUGGUCUUGGGUUUGAAAGAGAGAGGAAGGUAGGGUUUGGGUCUAGCGGCGGCGAAGAUUCUGAUAAUUGGAACAAGAAAAAGGUUGAAUUUAACGGUGAAAGUGAGAGGAGUGAGGGUGGUGGUGGGAGACCUAGGCUUGUUUUGCAACCUCGUACAACGCCUGUGAACAAUGAGAGCCAGGAGGGUGUGUUUCUUUUUCUUCCUACAUAUGUAUUGCUGCCUAUUCUUCCUCUUCCUCCUUCUUGAUUAUCUUCUCGCAUUAUUUUUUCAAACCUCCACAUGGGUUGCUGCAUCAGCAAAUCCCAGACCCAAAACCAAAAUCCAUAUCACCAAAAUAAUCAAACCCCCCCCAACAAUACCUUACACCCUCUCUCCCCAACUCAAACCUUAACCAACAAAUACCACAGCGGCAACCACCAC